UGGCUGAUCCCCUCCCCGCAGCCCGGCUUUAUAAAUCCCCCGCGGCGGCCGGGCGCGGCACCCGCGGGUGCGAUGGCGCAGCAGCGCCGUGUCCCGCUGUCCACGCAGCGCCCCGGCAGCGCCGUGUGCGUGCUGGGCACCGAGCUGGCCCUGGACGUGUGCGGCUCGGCCCCGCUUGGCGCCGCCUCGUUCCAGGCGCAGGGCUCCCAGGGGGUGAAGCUGUGGGUGCUGCACAACACCCAGAGCGUGAAGCUGCCCUCGAGCGUCUGCCGAUGGCCCCUGAGCGCCCGGCCCGAGCUGCUGCUGGCCAUGGAGCGCCCCAGCAAGGAGCCGGGGGACGAGAAGGUCAGGGUUUCCUAUUUCCGUGAGGACGGCGGGGUUCCCGUGGGCCGGGCCGUGCUCUACCUCACCUGCGUGGAGGUGUCUCUGGAUGCUGAUGUCACCCGCAGCGGGGCUGUGAGCCGGACACUGCUGGACAAGGCCAGCUGGACGUGGGGCCCUGAUGGCCAUGGGGCCGUGCUCCUCGUCAACUGCGACCGCGACGACACCGGCACCAAGGGCCUGGACAACGAGGACAGCGUCGUGCGCUCCUACGAAGACCUGCAGGACAUGGCGCAGCUGGUGCUGAGGACGCGCGGGCCCCGCGCCACCUUCGCCGGGCACCGCCUGCUGCUGCACCUCGACUUCGCCGACGCCAACAAGAUCAGGGUGUUCUACGGGGGCAACAAUGUGGAGCUGGAGAGGUUCAAGCCCGUCCUGGGGGGCUCCGAGCUGUCCUACACCGUGCGGCCCAGCCGGCACCAGCACGAGAGCGUCUUCUACAUGGAGGGCCUGGCCUUCCCCGACGUGGACUUCUCGGGGCUCGUGUCCCUGCACGUCACCCUGCUCGAGAGCGCUGAAGAGGGCACCCUGGAGUCUCCGAUCUUCACGGACACCGUGGUGUUCCGCGUGGCUCCCUGGAUCAUGACGCCCAACACGGCGGUGCCGCUCGAGGUCUUUGUCUGCAGCGUGUACAAGAACGAGGAGUUUGUGGCGGCCGUGCGCGCGCUGGCGGAGCGGGUGCAGGUGCCGCUGACCGUGGUCCCGGCGCCGCAGAACGAGCAGGACCGCUGGAUCCAGGAUGAGAUAGAGUUCGGCUACAUCCAGGCCCCCCACAAGACCCUCCCCGUGGUCUUCGACUCGCCCCGGGACGGCGGCCUGAAGGAUUUUCCCGUCAGGAGCCUCCUGGGCGCCGAUUUUGGCUACGUGGCCCGGCAGGCUCCAAAGGGCUGGUUUUCCAGCCUGGAUUCUUUCGGGAAUUUGGAGGUGAGCCCGCCCGUGACGGUGCAGGGCAAGGAGUAUCCCUUGGGGCGCAUCCUGAUCGGCAGCAGCUUCCCCAGGGUGGGCGGCCGCAGGAUGGCCAAGGCCGUGCGGGAUUUCCUGGUGGCCCAGAAGGUGCAGGCGCCCGUGGAGCUCUUCUCGGACUGGCUCUACGUCGGGCACGUGGAUGAGUUCCUGACCUUCGUCCCUGCUCCCGACCGGAAGGGAUUCCGGCUGCUCCUGGCCAGCCCCAGCGCCUGCUACCAGCUGCUGAAGGAGAAGCAGGAGGAGGGGUUUGGCGAGGCCGCGAUGUUCCAGGGGCUGGACAGGGUGUCCAAGCCGACCAUAAACGAGAUCCUGGCUGACGAGGAGCUCCGCAAGUUCAAUGACUACGCCCAGAGCUGCAUCAGCUGGAACCGGGACAUCCUGAAGCGCUCGCUGGGCCUGGCCGAGCCCGACAUCCUGGACAUCCCGCAGCUCUUCCAGAGCCACAACAACGCGGGGGCCGACGCCAAGGCCUUCUUCCCGGACAUGGUGAACAUGCUGGUGCUGGGCCGGCACCUGGGCAUCCCCAAACCCUUCGGGCCCGUGGUGGGCGGGCGCUGCUGCCUGGAGCAGCGCGUGCGGGAGCUGCUGGAGCCGCUGGGCCUCUCCUGCACCUUCAUCGACGACUUCUUCACCUACCACAUCGGGCUGGGCGAGGUGCACUGCGGCACCAACGUGCGCCGCAAGCCCUUCGCCUUCAAGUGGUGGCACGUGGUGCCCUGAGGUGGCUCCGUGUCCCCUGCGUGUCCCCUCCUGCCCC